UAGAAAUGUCACUGCAGCAGAUUCUAAAGGCAGCAGGGCUAAGCUCAACCAAACAGAAUGGAUUUUUGAUCUUUAUCUUGGCUGGCCUUGUUGUGGCUGAGAACUUUAUUGAGAGAGACUUUCAGUGUAUUUGUAAGCGCAUCAUUGGAGUAAUCUUUUUCACCUUCUACCUAGUCAUGCCUGCAUUUAUCGUUUUCACUGUCACAUUCUGCAUCAUGAGUGAGCUGGAAAGGCAAAAAUCAGAGACACCUGCUGAGGGAACUCAAAAUCAGAAACCUGCUGGGGGGGCUCAAAAUCAGAUGUCUGCUGGGGGAACUCAAAAUCAGGAAUCUGCUGAGGGAGCUCAAAAUCAGAAAACUAAUCAACGUUCAUUUAUCCUACGGUGUGUUAUUCCAAGUAUCUUUUGGAUAAUCUUGUUCCUCAGUGAUGGCAGAUAUGUGGCGUGUGUGGCUACUAUAUUAAAGGGAGAUUAUUCUGACAGCACUGCGCUGCCUCCAUGGGAAUGGUGUAAUGAAAAUCGAACGCUGAGUACUGACCAGAAGCAAGCAGAGACAGCAUAUAUCAUUUCUAAGGGGGUGGGUUUUGGUCUCCUCCUCUUAUGCUCAUUUGUGAUACUGGUUUAUGGAUGCUGUAAGGAAUGUGGAGCCUCCAGUGAACAGGCCAGGGCAGAGCGGGGAAAUGCUGGAAAGCAGGACAGCAAAUAACAGAAUACAUCUACAUAAGUACAUUCAGAUCACUGAGCCAUCAUCAAACUGCACAUCUUUCAGUUUAGAAUGAAAGCUAUCAGGAUCAUGCAUGAAUACAUCACUUCAUUACUGUAACAUUUUAUCCUCUUUGAAAUCUUUGUAUGCAUUUUUGAACAUUUUUUUUUGCAUCAUUUAUAUCUUCUUUUUUAUAUGAUUUACUUGGUAAAGCCUGCUAAGCAUCUGCAAAUUAAAAAGAUUUAAUAUU